AUCAAAUAAGCCUGUUGUUCCUCAUCAGUUAAUGACUGACUACCUGUUGAUUACUGCCGUGCAAGGUCCUCGCUGAGAGAACUGCGGUGUGUUGCCAUAGAUACAUCCUAACAGCUCCCACGAUACUCAGCCGACAUCGUGGGGAAACUGCAGACACCCGUCUGGCUUUCAUCUUCACCUGCUGCGUAGCUGUGCACACGAAGCAGAUAACUCUGCACCGUUUCCUUUGUAGCGAAUUGAGAUUCUGCAAAACUUGUGCUAUGGAUAGUUGUCACUUAUAACACCGCGGUACAUCAACAGUUUCAUCCCUAUGGUCAUAUUUUUCAUUCAGAAACCUCCUCCUUUUGCCCUGAACGCUUUUUGUGUCCAAACUGCCGAACUCGAAGAUUUGCGUGCCGCAUCCAACUCCGCUCAACCUUACACAUUUGUCCAGGAUGUACCAGCUCUAAUGUCAUUAAAAUGGCCUACAGGCUUUUGUCUCGCAAUUGGGAUCAACCUGUUGUAAGUUUAUUAUAACAAAGCUCUCUCUCUCUCCGUCGCGCGCCAGCUUGCUUUUACGCACAACGAUGAGCUCGGAGAAGCCAAACUUUCUGUCACAGCCCGUCGUGAAGAACAUUUUCAUGUUCCGAAACGGCGAUCCUUACUACGACGCUCGCCGGAUUGUGAUAAAUCAAAGGAGGGUGUCCAACUUUGAGACUUUGUUGAGAGAGGUGACCGGCGGGAUACAAGCCCCAUUUGGUGCGGUGAGAAACAUCUACACACCGAGAGGAGGCCACAAGGUGGACAGCUUGGAGAGCCUGCGGAGCGGGGAGCAGUACGUCGCUGCUGGGAAGGAGAGAUUCAAAAGGCUGGAUUAUCUACAGAUUGGCUCGAGAAGGAAAAGGAUGAUGCAAACUCUUCCAAUGCAGGCCAGACCGCUGCCACCGAAACGGAUCAUUGUGUCAGCUCGAUUCCUGAAACCCAUCAAGGAACCAUGUACAAUAUUUGUUGUAGCAAAUGGAGAUGUCUUGAACCCCGCUAUGAGGCUGUUGAUUCACCAGAGGAUGCUUGGUCAGUUUGACAGAAUACUAGAGUUGAUCACAGAGAAGAUGGGUUUGAGAGUCCUGGGGGGUGUUCGAAGUCUCUACAGCUGUGAAGGCGACCAGGUGACUGAUGGGAAUCAACUGGAGAGCAGUCAGCUUUAUGUGGCUGUGGGAAGAGAAAGGUUUAAGAAGCUGCCAUACAGUGACCUUCUCUUCACCAAACCCAGAGGGACAAGGAGAGUCAAUGGAAUGAAAGCUUACUCCCUACCGCCUAUCUACAGAUUCUCCAAGCAAAAUGGAAAUAGUAAGUCUAUGGUACGAUGCAGCGAUAGUGGCGAUGGAGACUCCAAGGCCUCUCCUCCAGGCCAAAACAACAACGAACACCUGUCCUCCAUCGUCAGACAGAUCUCUCAGGCCAAACUCACCUCCCUCAGGAAGAAGAGGAGUGGACAAAGCAUGACCCUCGGCAUUUCUGAUAAUGAUGAUAUUGAAUCAAAGGCUGACGAUGGAAACUCUAAGGACAAGACCCUUCAAGACCAGCCAGCUGAAGAGAAACCUGCAGAUGAUGAAACUUCUGCAAGCAAAGAAGAAAAUGAGGAGAACCAGGAGACAAAUGGUCAAAAAGAAGGAGGGGAAGAGGAGAAUGAAAAUGAAGAGCAAAAUGAUGAAAAUGAGGUAGAUGCAACAGCAGGAUCUGAGGAGAAGGAGGAGGGUAAGAGUGAGGGGCAGGGGUCCAACAGUAGCAACAGUGAUAAGACCUUGGACAGUAAAGAGAAAGAGGAUGGAAGCCAUACAUCUUCUGAGGGUGAAAAGAAUGAGCAAGGAAAAAAUAUAGAAGAAGAGAAGCAAGAUAGUGAGAGUGGAAAUGGGGAGAAUAGCAGUAAGGACCAAGUUAAUGAUGUAGACACAGGAGAGACAAAAAACAGCGAUGACCUGGGGAAAACUCCAUCAGAUAACGAGACAAAAGAGAACGAUGGCAACAGAAGUAGCAACAGUAACCAGGAAGAAGAUUUGAGCAAAACAACAGAGGGAGCUACCAAAGAGUCAGGAGAAGAAGAGAGACAGGUGAAUGGAGAGGUCAGUGGAGAAGAUGAUGAUGUGGAAAGUGAAGCAGAGCUGGACAUGGGCGAGACGCAUUCAGCCAGUAGCAAAGAUGCCACAGCAAAUGGAGAGAAUGGGGAUGAUGAUGAUGAUGGUAAUGAUAAUAAUAAUGACAAUCAAGAUUAAAGCAAGAAAAAGGAUGAUUAGGAAAGAAAAAGAGAAAGUACUUGAAAGAGCAGUGCUGAAAAUAUUUAGUAUCUAAAAAUAAUUGGCAAAGCGAGGCAUGUAAAGAAAUAUUACUAGAUGAUAGAAUCUGGACUGAAAAUAAACAGUGUCUCAGAGUCUGUUGAGCAGAUGAUUGUGAUGAUGGAGACAGAGGUGCAUAUCUAUAAGUAAGUGAUAAAUGCAAAUCAUUAAAAAACUAUCAACAUUC